ACUCACCGGCGCAAGUUCUCCGGCCAGUUGCAGACGCUGCUCGAGUAGAGCUCCUCUCCGCCAUCAAGACGGCAGGCAAACCCGGCCAACUGUCAACGCGUGCUAGCAUUGGGUCCGAGUUCUGACGGUUUCAAACCUAACUAACCAUGGGCUCGACCGAUGUGAACGCUGGCAAUGCCACGUUGCCGCCUUCCGAGCCGCAGGUCAAUGUAGAGCAAGCGACAACCUCGAUCGGUGCCGCCCCACCGGCAGCAACACCAGCAGCACCAGCACUGGCAGCAGGAGGAGCAGGACCAGGAGGAGGAGAAAGAGAAGAAAGACCCAUGGGUUCCGAGCCUAGGUCCCAACCCCAGCAGCAGCACGGUUCCCACUCCCUUAGUCCUCCUUCCUCUUCUCUUUCCGCCCACAAAUCCGAGCAGUCUGAGCCCGACAUCACCGAGGCUCACACAGAAAGAGCGGAUGCGUCAGUUGCUCCGCCCGCUCCACCGCCCAGAGAAGACUCGACAGAGAGGGUCACCGUGGCAGAAGCCGGCAGUUCCCAAAAUCAGUCGCGAGGAAAUGCGGUCCCACCCUCUUCGCUCCGGGACUUCGCCGCCACCACCGCAGUGACUGAUCCCGACGACCCAGACACACCCCGCCUGCAAGCGAACACAGCCGCCGAAGCAGCUCCGUCCCGCAGUCUUCCCGAUCCCGCCCUGCGUAGCGCCCGCACCUCCAUGUCCGAGGGUCCCGUCAGUAAUCGGAUGAGCGUCAGCUCUCUGUACAGCUUGGCCUCGGCUCGCGGCAUCCCCAGCUCAGCGGCUUCGGUCAACGGAAGCGAAAAUGGCAGCCUUAGCGGCUCCUCAGUUCACCGAUCGGCUUCCGGCAUCCUAGCCUCGGGCGGAGGAUCCAAACAUCAUACUACUGCGGCGCAGGCCGAACCCGGAGUGUCCAACAUGACCGUAACUACGGGCGGCGAGGGGUCUCGGGGAGCUCACCAACUCGCCCCACGCGAAUCGCCCGCGCAGGCGCAGAAUCCGAGCGAGGCGUCCAAGAAGCCCCAGCAGACCGGCACUGCCCCCACACCACGUUCUCAGCCCACCAGGUCUAGGAGUCGUGCAAAUCGCAGGUUCAGCGGGAGUACUGGCGCCAGCAGUCACCAGAGCCCCAGCGGGGACCGCGUCGUGUCGCACCGACCGGAGAAGGAGGAACACAAGCCUGCUCCGUUGGGCGUCAUCGGCGUGUGCGCCCUGGACGUAAAGGCGAGAAGCAAGCCGAGCAGAAACAUCCUGAGCCGGCUAAUUCAGAAUCGCGAGUUUGAUGUCUGUGUCUUUGGGGACAAAGUUAUCCUUGACGAGGAGGUUGAGAACUGGCCUAUCUGCGACUACCUCAUAUCCUUCUAUUCGGAUGGAUUUCCCCUCGACAAAGCCAUUGCGUACGUCAAGGCCCGCAAGCCUUUCUGCGUAAACGACGUGCCCAUGCAAAAGAUCCUCUGGGACCGCCGCCUGUGCCUGCGUCUGCUCGACCGCAUCGGCGUUCCCACCCCCCAGCGCAUCGAGGUAAACCGAGACGGCGGACCGGCGCUGCUGACACCCGACAUCUGCAAGUACAUCCGGGAGGUCAGCGGCAUCACCUUUGACCCUUCCGAUUCGGAAGCAGAGAGGAUAAGGUCUGCGAGCCCGCGGAAAGUGGAGUUGCUUGACGGCGGCGAUAUCCUUUCCGUCGACGGCACCUUGAUCAAGAAGCCCUUCGUCGAGAAGCCGACCAGCGGCGAGGAUCACAACAUCAUCAUCUAUUUUCCCUCGUCCGCCGGCGGUGGCGCUCGGAAGCUGUUUCGCAAGAUAGGCAACAAGAGCAGCGAAUAUGUCGAGAAUCUCAACGUGCCCCGAGCCAUCACCCAACCAAACGACAGCUUCAUCUAUGAGCGUUUCAUGCAAGUGGACAAUGCCGAGGACGUCAAAGCCUACACGGUAGGUCCGACCUACUGCCACGCCGAAACGCGUAAGUCACCCGUCGUGGAUGGCGUCGUUCGCCGCAACACCCACGGGAAGGAGGUGCGCUACGUCACGGCGCUGAGCAGCGAGGAGAAGGAGAUUGCCAGCAAGAUCAGUACCGCCUUUGGCCAACGCGUCUGCGGCUUCGACCUCCUGCGUGCCGGUGGCAAGAGCUACGUUAUUGAUGUCAACGGAUGGAGUUUCGUCAAGGACAACGAUGACUAUUACGACCACUGCGCCAGCAUUCUGAGGGAGAUUUUCAUCAAGGAGAAGCAGCGCAGGGAUGGACGGACCCCGCCCAUGCCCUCGCCCGUGAUCUUCGACCCCGAUGCCAUGUCGGCUCGCGCGGGCCAUGUCAAUAAGGAAAGAGAGCAGGCCUCUUCGCAGGGCCGCCCGAGCGUGGAGAGGUCAGCUCGCGAGUCUCUUGUCGAACAGCUUCCCCCGGCCAAGGCAGAGUCCAAGCACAACGGCAUGCCGGCUAGUCCGCUAGCCAGUCAGCUAUCAGGGUCCUCGCAGGACGGCGUCGCGACCACUGUCCCAGGCGCCGCAUCCGCUGCGACGUCCGUCGUUCCCGAGGCCAUGGCUCAGGACGAGCAGGAACCGCCGCCGCCGCCGCCUCCGAAGCCCAGCUGGAAGCUCAAGGGCGUGGUGUCGGUCAUCCGUCACGCCGACCGUACCCCCAAGCAGAAAUACAAGUUCACCUUCCACACGGCUCCCUUUAUCGAGCUGCUCAGGGGUCACCAAGAAGAGGUUCUUCUCAUUGGCGAACCCGCGCUGGCAAGCGUGCUUGACGCAGUGGACGCAGCCAUGAAGGCCGGUAUCGAGGACCCUGCCAAGCUCAAAGCUUUGCGCAAUGUCCUGAUCAAAAAGGGCAGCUGGGCGGGUACCAAAGUGCAAAUCAAGCCCAUGUUCCGCAAGAAGACGGGUUCAAAGAACGCCAAGUCCUCCAGGGAACAAGACGAUGGUGCCGGCAAGGAAGACGAACCGGUGGUCCAGACGGACGAAGAUACCGAAAAGAAGGAUGGCGGGAAGACGCCUCGCAGGCCGCCCAAGAGGACCGACUCGCUCUCCGGCGUGACCAUGUCCAAGUUCACCGCAGCCGAAGAGAGCCUCGUCCUCGACAAGUUGCAGCUGAUUGUCAAGUGGGGCGGCGAGCCGACGCACUCGGCCCGCUACCAGUCGCAAGAGCUUGGCGAGAACAUGCGCGGCGACCUGGGGCUCAUGAAUCGCGAGGUGCUCGACGAGGUGCACGUCUUCAGCAGCAGCGAGCGCCGCGUCGUGACCAGCGCGCAGAUCUGGGCGGCCAGUUUUCUCAACAAGAAGGACGUGCCCGAGGACUUCAUCACCAUUAGGAAGGACCUGCUCGACGACUCUAACGCGGCCAAGGACGAGAUGGAUAAGGUCAAGAAGAAGCUCAAGGGGCUGCUGCGCAAAGGCAACGAGCGCCCGCCGCAGUUUGCCUGGCCCGAGAACAUGCCGGAGCCGUCCGAGGUGCAGACGCGAGUGGUGCAGCUGAUGAAUUUCCACCGCAGGGUGAUGCACCACAACUAUGCCAAGCUGUACAGCGGCGCCGUGAACUCGCCGAACUCCGUGGCCAACCCUGGCGCGGACAAGAACACCAACGAGUGCGGUUCUUCUGCCGUGUCGGUAUCGUCUCUCGCCUCGGGCCGGAUCGUUGUCGCAGGCCAAUGCGGUCAGCAGCAUCCAGGCACGGUGGUGCUGCGGCGAGGACGCGGAGCUGUUCAAGGAGCGCUGGGAGAAGCUGUUCGCCGAGUUUUGCGACGGCGAGAAAGUUGACCCGAGCAAGAUAUCGGAGCUCUACGACACCAUGAAGUUCGACGCCCUUCACAAUCGGCAAUUCUUGGAGUGGGUGUUCACCCCGCCCAAGAGCAUGCUCGAGGAAGAGUACGGCAUCUCGCUGAACGGCAAGGAGGGCAAGACGUCGUCCUCUGCAUCGUCGAGCAACAACAACAACAACAAUGCCAUCGAUCCCGAGGAGAACAACAAAGCCGAGGAGCGAUCUACCCAAUCGAACGGCGGCUUGAGCGAGAAGAUUGAAAAUUCCGGCCACAAGGCGGUCCGGCGCAUCUUCCGCCGCCGAUCCUUCCUCAACGGCCUGCGCAACGGCGGGGAGGCGGAGCUACCCGAAAAGUACU